CGUCGUUGUCGGAACCUCUCGGCGGCCAUAACUGAAAAUUUCGCGCGCAAACUCUCGUCGAAUCCACAAUACAAUAAAGUAUGUAUUUGUGUAUAAAACUACAUAAAUAAAUUUACGUGUAUAUAUAUUUUAAAUAUAAACAUGGGCUGAGAUUUACGAUGACUAGAGCCAGUGUGGAAUGCAAAACUUUUCAAAUAUACUGUUGUCUGUGAUGUUUAAAGUUUUCCGAGUGUUGUUUUUGUGACUGGCUUGUAUUGUGUAAAUGAAAGCGUAGUAUAUGGAUGGAACAGUUUUAAUUGCAGAAUACACACGCAAGUGAAUAAAAUUAUGCCCACUCAACAUGUACCGGAUUUUGGGAAUAGACAACAGGAUGCCUGCCAAGAACGUAAUUUUAAAAUGGCUGCGAGCAAAGCAAGGGAAACACAAAGAAUCACCAUGUCGCUAACAAGCGAGUAACCAGUGGAGAAAUAUGAAUGCAACCAAACCAGAAAUACUGGUGGCACGAAGCCAAACUGACAUAUCGCUUAAAGAGCCAGACUUUUUUCUUGAAUCAGCAGGAUUUCCUUUCAACACUUUAUUGGAGUAUAACAUUAGUUUUGACAACAGCACAUUCAAUGUAACAGUGGAUUUAGAAGAACCUUGGAAUGAUUAUAUCAAACUUCUCCGUGAUCGAGCUGUUCUUGUUGCCUUUCUGCUUCUUUUCUCUUUGACGACUGUAUUCGGAAACAUGUUGGUCAUUCUCGCAGUUGUGAGAGAACGCUAUCUACAUACGUCUACAAACUACUUCGUGACGUCACUCGCGGUGGCCGAUUGUCUGGUGGGCUUAGUUGUGAUGCCCUUUUCUGCACUGUACGAAGUUUUGGAACAUACUUGGUUUUUUGGGGUGGAUUGGUGCGAUGUUUGGAGAUCCCUGGAUGUGUUGUUUAGUACAGCGUCAAUACUGAAUCUUUGCGUCAUAUCUUUGGACAGAUACUGGGCUAUAACGGACCCUAUAACAUAUCCUAUGAGGAUGAGUGGACGCAAAGCGGCAUUUCUGAUAGCGGCAGUGUGGGUGUGUUCGGGCGCUAUAUCGUUUCCAGCAAUCGCGUGGUGGCGCGCAGUGAGAAUAGAAGAAGUACCAGAUUACAAGUGCCCCUUCACGGAAAACUUAGAAUACAUUAUAUUUUCAUCAACAAUAUCAUUUUACUUGCCAUUAUUCGUUAUGGUGUUCACGUAUUACCGUAUAUAUCGUGCAGCGACGAUACAGACGAGAUCUUUGAAAAUCGGGACUAAACAAGUGAUGAGACCUAGUGGGGAGCUAGAAUUGACUUUGCGUAUACACAGGGGUGGGACGGUGCGUAAGAGGAACGAAGUGUGUCAUGGGGCGUGUACUCCUGAAGAAGCGGAUCAAGAACCCUUGACCGCGUUGCAAAACAACGGACUUUCCCGUUCUUCGACGCGUCUAACCAAUGUGGCGCAUAACAAGAAUUUGCCAAAAAACUUUUCCCUGUCGCGUAAGCUCGCCAAAUUUGCGAAAGAGAAAAAGGCAGCUAAGACUCUGGGUAUCGUGAUGGGUGUGUUCAUAGUGUGUUGGUUACCGUUUUUUGUAGUGAAUCUCCUGUCGGGGAUAUGUUCGUCGUGUAUCACGCACGAGGAGAUUGUCAACGUGGUGGUGACGUGGCUGGGAUGGGUCAACUCGUCGAUGAACCCAGUCAUUUACGCCUGCUGGAGUAGAGACUUUAGAAGGGCAUUCCUUAGAAUUAUAUGUGUAUGCUGCCCGAGGAAGUUGCGUAGGAAAUACCAGCCACAGCUCCGCUUCAAGCAAUCGCAGUAUCCAGUGACAACGAUGAUGUAUUCGUCAGUGUCACAACACGAGAUGUGUCGUUUGUGACAUCAGGCGCGCGCGGGGACCUGUAGGACCCCCCGCGCGCGCUGCUCCUGAUGCCGGGGCCGCCGCUCCCUGCGCCCCGCACGGCGAGAUGGCGACAACCAUGACUACCCCAUGAAGACCAUAGAAGAGCCCAACACAUACGACGAACCCAUACCAUGUCUAGAACGACACAUAUGCACCGAGACAUCCUUCUGUCCCGAUUCAGAAUCGGUUAGCGAAAUUAGCUUGGAAAGCGAAUCUAGAAAUCCAUCGUUUAAACGUAAUGUCAGUAAAAAGAGAGUCACUUAUCAAACGAAAGCUGAAGUUAUUUCAAGUUAACCGAUUUAAUCUUAAAAGCAACUUAAUGUAUGCAGUGAGGAAAAUUUUAUAGUACAGAUAUGUUACUCGCGUCGAAAGUGAGGCGGACAGAAGUGGAUAAUUGUCUUAAUUUCAUUUAGUAGCAUUGUAAACAACGAAAUUAUUGAAACAGAUAAAACCUAAAUAUUGUCUACAAUGUCGAUUUUUAAAAACUCUACCUACAUACAUAUAUAUAAUGUAAGUAAACACAAAAAAAUGCAUAAUAUGUGCGCUCAGUGGACUAGCAAAUUUCGGAUCACUUUUACCGGUGAUAACAUAUCUAAUAGUAAAAAUCUUUGGCAGUGACACAUCCUUUGCUUCAGAAUGUCAUUUGAUUUAGCACAAUUAUCUUAUGAUGAAUCUAAUUAAACGUAAAGUUACCAAAAAGAGAAUCACUUGUCAACGAAAGCUGAAACUAUGUUAGCAAGCUAACCGUUUUGAUAGUAAAAGUAAAAUGUGUAUUUAUGAUCCAGUCAAAUUAGUACAUUAACCUCGGAAUUUGAGAUACCUACCCAGUUGAAUAGUUGUAUAAAAUUUGUAUUUUAAAAUUUUAAAAGUUGUCUCAAAACAAUACAUAUAGUAGGGUGUCUGCGUCUAUUAAAAUUUGAAGACAUAUGUCAUAAAAAUCAAUUUUUGUGCAAAUCUCAUUUCCUUCUAGAUUUUUCGCUAUUUGUAUAUAUUGUAAAUAUUAUGAUCAAUAUGUAGGAGAGCCUUUAAUUCUGAAUUAAAAGCACUUCAGAAAACGAAUCAGAAACCCAUCUUUCAAAUAUAAUAUAAAGAAAAUAGAGGGUUCCGUUGAUACCAAUGUAAUGCUUAAAACAACAUAAUAUAUGCAGCGAGACUUAUAGAUUCGGAACAAGUUUUCGGUUGUUUUGAGUGACUCUAGAAAUCCAUUGUUUAAACGUAGGUUCCAAUUCCCCCCGUCUCAACAAAAAGAAAGCCUCUUAACAAACCAUAGCUUAGGUCUUUUUGCUAUGAUGAGCAUAUACGACAGUAAAAAGACAUUUUUCUAGUCAGAUUCGGAAAAUGCACUAAUCAAAUUUAGAGGUUCAAAAAAUAAUAUGUACUUAAAAAUGUGUACGGAACCUUCGAUUUCGCACUAUUUUCGUUUUGUUGACAUAAUAUUAUUACACUCGUAGUAGUAGGAGUAGGUAAUUAUAAUUAAUUAUAAUUAUUUAUCUAAGUACUUACUUUAAUUGUGAAAAAAUUCAAUCAGGAGCUGUGAUUUACUAGCUUUGUACAUAAUAUUAGUGUCUAUAUAAUUAUGAUUCUAUAGUAAUACUAUUUGUAAAAAAUAUACUUAAUUUAUUUCACUUUGUAAAAUUUAAAACGUCUGCAUUUUGUAAAUAAAUAUUCUGAUUAAGGGAAGUAAAGCGCUUCAAAACUCUGUAAAUAACAUACCAAUUCAUAAUAAUUUAAUAAAACCCUUCAAUACUCCUUAAAAAUAAUAGAGAUGCGCCGACUAUGACUUUUUCCGAUUAGCCGACUAGCCGAUUAGUCGGUUGCAAAGAUGCCGACUAGUCGGCCGAUUAGUCGGCAAUGCCGAUCACGGGUCGGGGAUGUCCGUAAAGCUAUGUUUAGAUUCAGCUGAUUUAAGCGCAAGUCGCAUGCGAGUGUGUCACUCAUCGGUUUUACCGACUAGUCGGCGACUUUGCCGAUUAGUCGGCUUUACCGACUAGUCGGCAACAAGUCGGCGCAUCACUAAAAAAUAAUGAUCUAUUUAAAUUAUUAUUGUAUGUAUAGUUGCGUAAGUAUGAUUUUGUAUUUCAAAGAAAUGUUUACUACAUAAAUAAAUUAGUAGUAUUUUAACCAAAUAUGAUUUUGAAAAGAUUAGAUCUGAAAACGAUCUUUAAAUUUAUGUUUCUGAAUAUAAAUUAAUAACCCUAAUAGAAAAUAUAAUGCAUAUAAAGGACUGUUCGUAUUUAAAUAUUGUAAUUAAUAUUUGUAAUUCCAUUUGCAAUAAACAUUCCAUUAAUAUUAAUAAUGAGGCUCAUUGCAAUUUAUAAUUGUUUAGGUUUAGACAUUAAUAUGACGCUUUUAAUGACUUUAGGUUGGUACAGUAGUAAAAUGUUUUCAAAAAAUUCCAUUUUAAUUACUUGGUAGAUAACGACACUUUCAAUUUAUUUUUGUUUUAUGACUUUUUCAAUCGUAAAAAACGUGAAGAUAAAAUCGAUUUCAUAUUUCAGUUGAAUAAUAUUCUAGAGCAGUUAUACGAUUCUAUAGAACAGAACUUUCUUGACCUAUCAUCAAUGUAAUGCAAUUACAAUGUCUGGUUUGUUUAUAAAUAAGCAUGUCAUCAUCAACCCAUAUUCGGACUCACUGCUGAGCUCGAGUCUCCUCUCAGAAUGAGAGGGGUUAGGCCACGCUGGCCCAAUGCGGAUUGGCAGACUUCACACACGCAGAGAAUUGAGAUAAAUCUCUGGUGUGCAGGUUUCCUCACGAUGUUUUCCUUCACCGUUUGAGACACGUGAUAUUUAAUUUCUUAAAAUGCACACAACUGAAAAGUUAGAGGUGCAUGCUCCGGACCGGAUUCGAACCCACACCCUCUGAAAUCGGAGGCAGAGGUCAUAUCCACUGGGCUAUCACGGCUCAACGAUAUUGGUGUUUUUAUGUCGGAAUUGUCAAUUUGACAAUUUUAGAUGGUAUUCAUACCAACAGUUUAGAAACAAAACUUGUAAAAUAUAACAAAUAUACCAAAAAUGUACCGAAAUCAGAAAAUACUUUAUUACAUUAUUGUUUAUGCAAAAAAUAAUUAACUACAGAAAAAAGUAUUCAAUAGUAUCAGUUCGCUAAUUCUCCUAUUCAUGCAUUUUCCAGAAAAAAUACAUAAAAUUACAUUAAUUUCAAAAACAACACCACUGUGCCUGUUUUAUUAUUGUAAAAAAUAUUUUUAUGACCAUUUGUUGUAAUAAAUAAUAUUAUAUUCUUAUGUGUCUACGUUUAAUAAAAUUUAAUAUGUAUUAUGUAACUUAAUAACUAAGUAAACUACAAUUACGCAAUGCUAGUCAACAUAAUAUAUUGUGAAUAAUAUUGUAAUUAGCUACUUGU